GCGAAGAAAGCUGCAGAUGAGAAGGCAGCCGCGGAUGCCAAGAAGGCGGCGGAAGCAAAGGCAGCUGCCGAGGCAAAGAAGCCUGCUCGCAGCUCCAGCGCGCCGGCGAAGGUCAAGAAGCCUGCCGACGUGGAGCUGGCCGAGUCAUCUACGCGAAGGCUGAAACUGAAGGAGAAGUACAGCAAGGCCCUGCAAGAAGUCGACCAGAAAAAGAAGGAAGCAGAGGGAAAAGACAGAGAUCUGAUCAAUCAAAUUUCCGGUUUGGACAGCAAGAUCAAGAAGGUGGAUGAGGAGUACAAGAAAACAAAGGGAUCCAGCAAGGAUGCCAAGCUCAAGGAGCUGAAACAGCUCCGAGAUCAGAGAGUUGCCGUGGACAAGCAGAGGAAAGCGGUCGAGGCUGCUUUGGUUGACCAGAAGCGUGCCACCAACACCGCAAAGAAGGAUACAAUUCCCAUUCGACCAAUUCAGCACAUGGGCUUGGUGGCCCGAGGCAUUUUAAUACUCCUGGCCUUGCAUGCGGUCUCUGCAUACCGUUUCGACACCCAGCCUCGACAGGAUGAAGUCAGGACCAGCGAGGCGUUGAGAGGUGCCGCGCGCUGCCAGUAUUCCUCUUUCCCCUCUGCCGUGCCGUCUGGUCGGCCUCCUUUCAAGAGCUUGAUCGCUCUUUGUCCCAACAACGAGCUCAAGUCAAAGUGUGCCCACGAAGCUCGAUCUAGCGCAUUCCGGGUCGUUGUCGUACCGCAGAAAUCGCUUGGAAUAGCAGAUUGCGAGAACUUCUGCAGCGCGAACUAUGCCAUGGAGAGUGAUGGAGGUAGGUGCUUGGGCUACGUCGUUCGCAAUCCCUUCAACGACAAGGUCGAGAAGGGCAAGGCGCAGUGCUGGCUGAUCCGCGGCAACGCGGAGGUCUCCGGCAGCCAUCCGGAUGAGGUGAAACUCGACAGGGAGAGCUAUAAGGCCAGCAACCCGAAGUUGACCUUCGUCAAGGAGUACUGUGGCUGCGAAGCUCGGUAUGUGCACUUCGUGCGACCAGAGUUCCGCACUGAGCUGGCGGUGAAACGGCAUCGACUUGCGCUUCUGCGAAAGGAAGAUCCACUCUCCAAAGAGCUGACUGAACUCAGCAAGAGGGUUGGAGUGCUCGAAAAGGAGGAACAGCGGUACGAGCGCCUGGAGAAGUUCGAGGGUAUUUAUGAUUGGCUGCCGCUUCGUCCUCCACACAAGAUUUCCAAAGGAUUGGAGCGGAUUUUGCCCAAUUGGUUGAUCCGGAGCAUGAAGCCUACUCUGAUCAAGAACCAGGGCAUCCAUUACUCGAACUACUGGCAUGCUCCUGUGCGGAUUAGCAAGAUCUUCAAGAAGUCCGACUUGUCUUCCUUCCUCUAUCGGUGCUUGGACAAGGAGAGUGACACAGAGAACUGGUACCUGGCGACACAGGGGGACCCCAUUACCUGGGCGAGCAGAACUUUUGAGGACCUCGCGAACCAAAGUGAGGAAGAUGUGAAAGAAAAACUCUCGGACGAGACAUUCAUCCAGAAGAUCUUUUUCCGCAUGGAGUGCGUGGGUACGAAAGUAGAAGAUGACAACAUGGUGCACAUCCAGGCAGACGGAGAGCCGCUUGGUGCCUGGCUGGACGAGCACUUUGUCUCCAGCUACGAGUUCCCAAAGGAGAGACUGAAAAAGACCAUUUCCUUGAAGACACCGAAGGGGUGCUAUCCGACCAACAAGAAGGCUGAGGAGGCAAGCGAGAAGCAGGUCAUCGAGGAAGUCGGGGCGUGCCCUGUUGCCGCCCUGACGAAGCCUGCCAACGAGUCGAUGAUCGGGCUCCGGACUUUCUGGGAUGAUGAUGCUGGCACCAUGGAGAAGAUCGGAGCCGCACAGUGGUUCAUCGACACCAUGAACAAGAAUCAGAGAAUAAGCGGCACCGUCUUCACUGUCGCGAAGUGGGUUAGCAAAGGAAUGAAUGCUCUUUGGGGCGGCAAGGAGGAGCCAAAGGAAGAAAAGGUUGCGAAGUGGACUGACUUCAGCAGCCAUGAAAUCAAGGCAAUGCUGGAACGGACGACCGUUCUGCUGAAGGGGAUAUCCAGGCUCUUCCUUGUCAUGGAGGCAGCAUCCAACACGGAGGAUAUGCAGAUCAAGCUGGUUUGCGCAAAGGAGGUGUUGGACAGCAUUUUUGAAGUGGGUGGCUUGCUGCCCAAGGUGUCACAGAACUUGGCCAUGCGACCAGAUCUCGUCAAAGAUGACUUCGUCCGCAAUAAGCUGAAGGAGACUCAAAACGCCAAUCCCUCGAGAAGCGAAGAAGAAACCCUAGCUUAUUUGGAGAAGCACGCGCCGCAGAUCUCCAUCCCGGGGUUUGAGCAGACGGUGCCUUUGCUGAGGCUUCUCAAGUACGAGAAGGCUUUAAGUGCGGGUUCCGUGGGCCAAGUGGACCUCUUCCGAAUACGGGAUGGCCCGGAGGGCCUGGACUCCGUCAUCCGCGGCGAGUUCAAGAACAUGCUGCCCGAGGGCCACGGUGAUGUGGUGAUUGUAAAAACCGUCUUUGAGGAGACCGAGGCCGAAUACAAGAACGACUGGAACUUGCUCGAACAGUUCUUCACGAAUUUCAAGGAUAGCCUGGAUGCCUCCCUGUCGGUCAUGUGGAAGAUCCUGUCACCCAUGAAGAAGUCCAUCUUCGACGAGUUCGACUUGAGGGAUGAGGCGAAGUUCACCAUGAGGGGGAAGGAGAUGCUUGCAGAAUUCACGGAGAACAUCAACAAAGGCCUGUAUGAGCCCACACUUCGUCCACGCAGCCUCACUCUCACCACUCCGAAUGCUGUGGCAACUUCGUCGAAAUACAUUCUCAUCCAGUCGCUGGCCUCUGGCACGCCUUUGAAGAACUUCCUGGAGAAUAGUAAUGGUCAGAUGGAGCCCCUUGUGCAAUGGCGUCAGGGAGUCUACUCUGCAAUCUUGAUGGUGUAUGGCCACAUGGUGGUAAAGCACGGCUUCUUCCAAUCGGAUCCUCACAAUGGCAAUUGGUUCUGGGAACCUGACAGCCGCACGGUGACCCUCAUCGAUUGGGGAGGCGUGGGCCAGUUGGAUGAUGACACCCACUGCAAGCUGGCCAAUCUGUACUCUCACAUGGGCAGUUUGGUGAAGGACUGGAAUGACUGCGAGUCUGUGGAACUGGGUGGCGCCGAUGAAAUCGCCGGGGUCUACCAUCGCUCAGGAUUCUCUAUAUAUGAGGCGAAUGAGAAUCAAACAGCAUUACUUCUGGGCUACACCUAUGGUGUGGCAUACUACAACGAGGAACUGGGCUACAGGUUGUUCUUCAGUGGUGGAACCACGUGGAAAGUGGUUUUGGAAUAUCCUGGGCGCCAGGAGCUCUACACCACGCUGGCAGAACUGGACACCAAGAUAGGCGACAUAGACCGCUUGGCCGCGCAACCUGCGCAGCGAUGGAAGAUCUUCAAGAGCGGAAGGCACAAGAAGAACGUGGCGGUCACAGUGAAAGUGUCCGAUCCUGCCGUCCGCUGCGGCCUGCCGUCGCGCAAGCAGGCUUAUUCCCAAGCCGCUCGCAACAUGGGCUUGGGCCUGAACUUCGACUGCAAGGCCGAGGACACAGUCCUCUUGCCCGAAGCGCCGUUGGCGCAGGUUGAAGAUCUGACGAAAUGGAAGGACAAUGGCAAGAGGCAGUUAGGAUGCAUCAGCAAAACAGAGGAAGAAAACUUUGUCUGGUGGGGCGUUCACGAUCCCUUCAAGCUUCGGGUGCAAACUGACGAGAAUGGCCACCGCUUCGUGAAGCUUGCCAGCACCAAGUGGGACCUCGACGCAGACCCGGCCCAGAUCCACGCCACGAGCUGGGUGAGCGAUGUCUUCACGGCAGAGAGCAAAUCUGAGCUCGUCAAGUUGAGCCCGCCCAAGAGGAGUAUGCUGCUCGAUGCAGCGCAGAACCAGUUGGCUCUUGCAGCGUCGCUCUACGACUCUGACCUUCUCCUCGCGGCAGUGCUAGGCAUUGCGGCGAAGACUUCCGUGGGACUUGUCUCGCCGGACGUCCCAAAUGAGUACGUUCUCCUGGCCCGGUGCAUCGUGGUCUUCCACGGAAUGCUGGGUGACGUUGUAAAGGAGAACUUCAUGAGGCUGAUAGUCUCCGGGCAGCAGGACUACCUCCAGUGGCUUCUUCGUCCCAGCGGCGAUCGCUUCUUCCGAUCUUGGAAGAAGCCGGCAUUGGAGUAUUUGGAAAGCCACCGAGAAAGCUGCAGCAGCGAGGGCUGGAACCUCAGAAAGAAAUGA